AUGUACUUCGUUGAGGCUGGCUCGUCGCACUUGUCGCCGCCAGGCGUCAUCACGUCACCUGCGCCUUUGCCGCUCAGCACCCCCAUCAAGGAUGUAUCGAUGAUAUCUUUUGGUAACAACGACUCCUCCACCGGCAUUUCUGCGUCUCCGCCAUCGUACGAGGCUGUCGCUCUCGACCCGAAAGGCCCUCGUAGCCAGACGAACCUCUUUGUGCGCAAGCUGGCCUCGGCUGUGACGGAGGAUGACAUGCGCAGGCUGUUUGGGCAGUAUGGCACGAUCAUUUCCUUCGCGCUUAUGCGCGACAUCUACACUGGCGAGAGCCUUGGCACCGCCUUUGUGCGCUACAGUACCCACGAGGAGGCCCGCUCGGCCAUGGCGGCUCUCGACGGGCACGAGCUCUACGGUCGUCCCAUCUCCAUUCAGUGGGCGAAGCGUGAGCACGACAGCACCCCGUGCGGCGACGCCCGCCGCAAGAUCCGCAAGCUCUUCGUGCGCAACAUCCCUCUCGACGUGACGGCGCGUCAUCUACGCCAGAUCUUCUCCAAGUUCGGAUCCAUCAGCAACGUCACUCUACAUAGCGAUACAGCCCCCGCCACGUUCCGCGACAGUAACGACAGCUCGCGCCUGAUCAGUCAAAUUCGAAACAUCGCCUUCAUUCUCUUCCAGGAAGACGACGUCGCGGAGCAGGCUGUGAGUGUGCUGCACAACACGUGCCCCUUCGAAAGCUGCGAGGGAAUCCCGCUUAUGGUGAAACUGGCCGAGGACAACCGCGACCGUAUUGACCGCAAGCAGCGAUUCUGCGAAAGCAGCGCGGCGAAUACGAGCCCCAAGGGGCCCCCGAGGCCCAUGAUGCAGAAUGGCCAUCUCUCCGGCGCUGUUUCUGUCUCGCCACAUACCGUUUCUCUCUCCACGCCACCCUCGUCAGUGCUCUCGCCUGCAACGCUUUCGAUGGAUGUUAGCUGCAAUAGCCCCUUCUUCAUACACGACGGCCAAACACCUUCGCUGCCAUCGAGUGGGCAACAGGCACUGCCUUUCACUGUUUCAGGCUCGACAGCUACAACUACUCCGAUGCUGCACGCCACGGUAGACACGAACGGAAACACUGCGUACGUCUACGUCUCAACUGUGUCGAACAAGGGCGUCGCGCAGCAGAUGCUACCAGCACCUUCGGCCCCUGGUCAGUACGUCAUCGCGUCCGGUGGGCUCCAGGGGUUUCCGGCGGCAAACAGAGUGGUGCCACAAACCUUCUACACGGCGGCUGCGUCUCCCUCCGCGCCGCAGUACUAUCAGACCGUGACGCUGCCACAAGUCUUUGUGGACGCGCAGGGCCAGUUGCUGCAGCCGCAGUCGAACGUCUUCGUCCCUUCCUACUGCUCCUACUCCUCGAACUUGCAGUCCCCGCAGAAGCCGCCACAGCAGGUGCCGCUCGUCGAAGGGCAAGCGGCGUCAAUGACACAGCCGCUACAAACCAGCGCGCCAGCCCCAAAGACGUCCUGCGGCGCCUUUCACAAUCAGUCGCGGCAAAAACCGCAGAUGGCGCACUUUCAGUCGGCCUUCUCGGUCUCACCGCUGCUCAACAGCGCUGGUGGUGUACUAGAGCAGGUUCCGACCGUGAUCUUCCCGGCCACAGAUAGCCCAGCGAACGCGAUUAUCAACCCCACCAACGCCAUGCCCUCCCCAGCUGCAGGCCCCAUGGCCUUCGUGCCAUACAACGCCGCGGCGCUGCCUACUGCCAAUGCCGACACCUGUGGCCGUUCUUGCUAUGACUCGGCAAUGGAUGGGAUGCAUUCCACGACACUGAUGCGUCAGGGGCUGGUGUCUUCCACAGUGUCGUGUAUCGAGGAAGGCAACGUGACGUGA